AUGAGAGUGGAAGCACCGGGAGAGACGGGGAGUCGGAGGACUCGGGAUAUUGGGGAUCUGUCCUGGUACAUCCGCAGGAUUGGGAGGAAUGAGGGGGUUUUCCUGCAGUGUAUAGUCUCGGAGAUAGGGUUUAUUCCCUCGUACGGAGUGAAGGAGGGAGAAAUUUCAACGGUUUUAACGGUGAAAACUUCCCCUGGGGAGAGUAUUGCCUUUCUCUUCGACGGGAGGCCUGUUUGCAGGAAAGGGUCAUUCGACCAUUUUGACGCUGGACUCUCCGUAUACACAGUCCACCUUCUGUUUAAACACUAG